CACACCUUCCUCCCACGGGCAAUACGAUACGAUGGGGCAGUCCGCGUUGCCAUCAUAUCAUCCCCCGUAUUAUAGAAUAGAACGAGCAAAGCUCCACUCUCCGCAUCCUCCACAAGUCCCCUCCGACCCCACUUGCCGAUCUUUAAUACCGAUACCACUCCUUUUCUUUCUUUUUCUUUACAUGGCCUCACCAUCCCACCUCCCUGCUCCAGGUGGGCAGCGCCGGUUUGGGAAAUUUACCACGACUACUCAGCUCCCGGAGUGUGCAGCGGCCAUCCCUCAAAGAAAGAGAGAAAUGAGGUCUGUUCCGGGGGUUGGCUCAAGGAAAUACAGUGUUAGGCUUUUGAGUGCACGGAUGGGUUGGAAGCGCUACGCGAGGGAGGUCGCCGUUAUGGUGGGGCAGUAUACGGUACUAUGCUAUCGAGCUCCGGGAUCGGACAAGUGUGAAGGCGUACGUAUCUGAAUAUAUGAAUAAUACUACGCUUUACCACUAUAUAUGCCCACUGCGAGCCCACCCCCCACCGUUGGGAGUUCAUACACCCCAAGAUGCCAAAACCACGACUUAACGUAUUGAUUGUCGGCGCGGGGUUGGGCGGUUUAUCGGCUGCUAUUGCGAUUAGGCUUGCUGGGCACGAGGUACUCGUGCUAGAGCAGGCUUCUACUCUUUCUGAAGUCGGAGCAGGCAUACAAAUACCCCCAAAUUCGGCCCGCUUCCUAAUAUCAUGGGGUCUCCGCGAGGCAAUGGAUCGAGUGUCGGUCCUCCCGGAGACAAUACGGCUACGCAGUUACCGGGAUGGAAGCAUACUCAAUGAGCAACCAUUAGUCCCGCUCACAGAGGAGGUCUACGGAGGGCCUUAUUGGCACUGUCAUAGGGCUGAUUUUCACAAAGUAUUGGUGGAGAAGUGUUAUGCUAUUGGUGGGCUAACUAUAGAAGUCCGAAUUAAUUCGAUGGUGACGGAGAUCGACUUUGAAGCCCCUAGUGUGACGCUCUCUACCGGGCGCACGAUAGGGGCAGAUCUGAUCGUUGGCUCCGACGGACUAAAAUCGAAGUGCCGCGAGCAGUUUUUGGGGCGUUCGGAUCCUCCGCACUUGACUGGCGAUCUCGCAUACCGGCUACUCGUAAAGGCCGAAGAAAUGCGCAAGCAUAAAGACCUAGAAGAGUUCGUUAGCAAACCCGCAAUCAACACUUGGAUGGGCCCACAAGCCCAUGCAGUCUGCUAUCUCCUAAAGGGCGGGGGUUACUACAACAUGGUCCUAAUAUGCCCAGACAACAUGCCCGGGGGCGUUAACGUUAUGCCCGCCGACCCCGCUGAGGUCCUCCAGCUCUUCAAAUCCUGGGACCCGAGAUUGAAAAAGAUGAUCAGCUUAGUUUCCAGCGUCAGCAAAUGGCGUCUGCAAAACAGCACAGAAAUGGCCUCGUGGACGCAUCCAUCCGGGAAAUUCACGUUACUUGGGGAUGCCUGCCAUGCCACACUUCCAUACCUGGCUCAGGGCGCUGCGAUAGCCGUGGAGGAUGGGGGCGUGUUGGGGGGAUUGCUCGGGAAGUUGGAGGAUAGGUCACAGUUGCCGGGCUUGCUCCGAGUUUAUGAGGGCCUGAGGAAGAAUAGGACUACGAAGAUUGUGGUGGGGAGCACGAAUAUGAGGGAUAUUCUCCACAUGGAGGAUGGGGAGGAGCAAAGGAGGAGGGAUGCCGUACUGCUGGCAGACGAUAUCAAGCCCGGAUUUCCAAACAAGUGGAGGGAUCCGGUGUUUCGGAACUUCUUGUUUAGCUAUGAUGGAGCAAGGGAGGUGGAGAUUGCAUGGGAGAGGUUUAGGGAAAGGAGUGGGAGUGGCGCCGUGGGGACGUUCAGGGCGAUGUUAUAGUUAGAAUGUUUGCACUGAAUAGACCUACAUGAAAGGUAA